GGUUGGAUUCCAAGAGCAACAAGAUGGAGCUACCGGUCGCGGACGCCACCCGGCAAGACAAGGCGGCCGAGCACGACGAGCUCUCGGCACUCGAUGCGCUCAUCCAGGCCGCGCUGGACUACAAGCUCAAGGGCAAUGCGACCAACUACAACUUGAUCUUGUCCAAGUUUGAGAAAUCCACGGACGACAAAGAGCGCAGCCAGCUCUUCUUGGCGCUACCGCGGUCCAUCUCCAAGCUCACGGCCAACAUGGAUGCGUUCCACGACCUGGUCCACCAAAUCUUUACGUUCGACUUUAUGGCGUCGCCGAUCGUCAUUGAAGCGUACAUUCGCCUCCUCACGCACCUCGUGACCGCGCAGACCGCGUUCGUCCAGCCCACCAUCAAGGUGCUUGUCCGCAAUUUUUUGCGUCCGACGCCGCCGACAAUCGCGGCGCCCAUGAAGGGCGCGACGCGCAUCAUGACGACGCUUGGAAUCGCGAUCCGCCCGGUCAUUGCGACGGCGCCUGUCGUUCCUGCCGUCGACGUCCUCGCGCAGUUCGAGGAGCAGGUGGUCGCCCGCUACAAGUACGUGCACGAAGCGUUCGCCAAGGUGCUGGCGCUUGUGCCAGCCUCAAUCCACAUGGUCUUUGAGUGCAUUUGUGGCCUCUUCCCGCACAAGCGUGUCGAGACGCUAAGCCAGCUGGCCUUUCUCAAGAACGUGCUGCAUCUCACGACGUACGCCAAGGGCCUCCAAGAGCGUGUGCUCGGGCUCCUCGUCGAGAAGCUUGUGGCGAUUGACGUGGAAAUCAAGCUCGACAAUACGGAAGAAGACGUGUUUACGAUGGACGAUUUCCUCGAUGACGACUGCUGCGUCGACCCAACGUCCGACAUGGUGGACGAGAACGCCGACAAGCUCGACAACAUGAUGCUGACGGUGUUUACGCAUUUCGAGCAACUCCUCGCGACCGACCCGACGGUCCACACGGCGCUCUUCACGUUUCUUCUCAAGUCGUUUGACGCGAGCGUCCUCAACACGCACCAGAGCAAGUACCCGCAGUUCCUCCUCUUCUACAUUGCAAAGACAGCGCCCGAGCACCAAGAGCUCUUCCUCUCGCAGCUCAUUUCGGUCUCGCUCGACACGAAAAUUCCACCCGUGACGCGCCACAGCUGCGCGUCGUAUCUCGCGAGUUAUGUUGCGCGCGCCAAGUACCUUCCGACGACGGCCAUCAAGCACACGCUCUUCCACCUCUUGCGCUGGAUCCAUGGCCAAGUCGACCUCCUCGACGGCCUCGCCCCGGACGCGAUCGCCUCCGCGGCCUGCGACCCGCUCACGACGGCCGUGAUCCAGACUGCGUGCUACAUUGUGUGCUUUCGCGGCUUGGAGCUCUGCGGCUCCGAGGCAGGGUACGGCUUUGUGCGGUCGCUGGGCUGGCAGCGCAUUUUGACGUGCCCGCUCAUGCCUUUCCGACAGCCGGUCUUCCAGCCGUCGGUCGCCAACGAGUUUGUCAACGUGGCCGAGCUCUUGCUGCUCAUUCCGGACGAAAGCGUCGAGCAACUGCUGCUGUGGAUCUCGACGUCGACGGCCUCCAAGUCAUCGUCGCAUGGCAUGAACCUCGAGCGCUCCAUUGUGGAGAAGGACACGUCCAAGCGCGCGUGCUUCUUCCCGUACGACCCGUACUUGCUGCGCCGGUCGUUUCGGUUCAUUGGGCCGCUGUACCUCUUCUGGAAGCACGCCGAUCCGUCCUGGUCGGGCAACUCGGAAGCGUUCCACCUCGUGCAGAGCUACAUGCUUGCGUACGACCACGACGGUGCCUCCGAGGACGACGACGACGGUGGCGACGACGAUGCGAGCAUGGCGGGCAGCUUUGUGCAGUCGAGCGUCAGCAGCGCGAGCUUCAUGCACGGCGGCAGCUUCACGGGCAGCGAAGCCGACAUGGACUUUUACGCGCGGGAUCACUUGGCGCGCUCCAUGAGCAUUGGCGACGAGCCGCUUGCCGAAGUGACGACGACAACGACGACGUUCCGACUCGACUACCACGACGAAGAAGAGUUUGGGUUUUAAUACGGCGCAAAUCAUCAUCGUCGUGUCGUGUUAAGAAGACGAUUAC